AUGGUGACCCUCGAGGAGGUGUCUGGGAGCUUGCUCCAGAAGCCAUCAGACACUCCCCUCUUUGUCCCACCGCGCGAUGAAUCCUUCUACAAGCCGCUCUCGACCUUUACCCUCGACCAGCAGCGCUCCUACCAGCAGCAGUACGGCGACAUGUACUUUUUGCGCCUCACCAAGAUCAAGCCCGCCGUCGAAGAGGUCGCGGCCGCAGCCUGGGACGGCACCACCGUUGGCGGCGAGACGGCCAAGAAGGUGGAUCGCGUGCUCGAUGUGCGCCAGGGCGAGCUGUGCUGGGUCGCAGGCACCGUCUACAUGGACAUGGCGCUGAAGCCCAAUAUUCUAGAAGACGUAUCCAAGGAUCGCUGGCUAUCCGCGCCAAUUUCAACGCAAAAAUACUACUCCGACGACGGUAGCGACCAAGUCACCCUCGAAGACGACUCUGGUCGCGUACGGCUCAUUGGUGACAUCCUCAAGACGGUCCCGCUCGUGACGGGCUGCAUCAUUGCCGUCAUGGGCACCGAAAACACGAGCGGCGAAUUCGAGGUGCUGGACCUCAAGCUCCCCGACCUGCCGCCGCAGCCCGACCGCUGGGCGCUCUCCGGCGGCGCCAAGGCCAACGGCAAGCACAAGAAGCAGCAAGACACGGACAUGACCGACGCCGAUGCCCCGAGCACCACUACCACCACUCACAAGCAGAUUGCCAUUGUGUCUGGCCUGUCGUUUUCCGGCGCCGACGCCUCGGCCGCCGUCGAGGUCAAUCUACUGCUCGAGUAUCUGCUCGGUGAAAGCCUUAGCGCCGACGCGCAAUCGCAAGUUUCGCAUAUUAGUCGUCUCAUCAUUGCUGGCGACUCCAUCAGUUCCGCGACGACGACAACGACCGCCGACGAGGAUGAGAAGAAGAAGACGACGGCGGCGUCGGCGUCGGCGUCGGCGUCUAGCAAAAAGUACGGCUACGACGCUAGCGCGUACAAUGCGCUGCCAUCGCAGCUCUUUGAUGAGUUUGUCAGCGAGCUGCUGCCCUCGCUGCCUGUAACUCUGCUCCCCGGCGCCCGCGAUCCGGCCAACGCGAGCUACCCGCAGCAGCCGCUGCACACGGCGCUUUUCCCCUUGGCGCGCGCGUACGGCGCGGACCCGACGACGACGACGACGAGCAAGGCGGGCGGAGGCGGCGUGCCGGGCUGGUUCGACAGCGUGACGAAUCCCUGGGAGGCCGAGGUGGACGGCUGGCGCGUGCUGGGCACCGGCGGCCAAAACGUCGACGACGUUUUCAAGUACGUCGACAGCGAGGACAGACUGGGCAUGAUGGAGGCCAUGUGUCGAUGGCGGUGCUGCGCGCCGACUGCGCCGGAUACGCUGUGGAGCUACCCGUUUCAGGACGACGACCCGUUUGUGCUCAAGGCCUGCCCGCACUUGUACUUUGUCGGCAACCAGCCCGAGUUUGGCACGCGUGUGAUUGAUGGGCCCGACGGCCAGAGCGUGCGGCUCGUCGCGGUGCCGUCGUUUGCGGCGUCCAAGGAGAUUGUGCUGGUGGACAUGGAGACGCUCGAGGUGACCAAGGUCAAGAUUGAGACGUCAUAG